AGUAGCACGCACUCACGCACACGUAUAACGCAUGUACACACAGUUGCACUUCAGUUCAGCUCAUGAAUGGUGUGGGUGGUUGUCAAGUUUGAAUAAAACGCCACUUAUAGAAAGAAUUAAUAUUUAAUAAAAUUAAUAAUGGCUGGUAAUAAUUCAAGGCGUUUGUUCCAAUACGUAACUGAAUAUUCAUUGAAGCCUGCAAGAAACUAUGCUACUGCGAAGAGAGUGGUGGCUUCUAAGCCUGUUGUGGAGAUGGAUGGAGAUGAGAUGACUCGCAUCAUCUGGGAAAAAAUCAAAGAAAAGUUGAUCUUCCCUUAUGUUAAGCUGGACUGCCUCUACUACGACUUGGGGCUACCACACCGCGACGCCACUGACGACCAAGUGACCAUAGAUGCAGCACACGCCAUACUCAAGCACAAUGUGGGCAUCAAGUGUGCCACCAUCACGCCCGACGAGCAGAGAGUUGAAGAAUUCAAAUUGAAGAAGAUGUGGCUGAGUCCAAACGGGACGAUCCGUAACAUCCUGGGCGGCACAGUGUUCCGAGAGCCGAUCCUGUGCCAGAGCAUCCCUCGGCUGGUGCCGGGCUGGACCAAGCCCAUCGUCAUCGGCCGCCACGCCCACGGGGACCAGUACAAGGCCCAGGACUUCGUCGUGUCCAAGCCUGGAAAAGUCGAAAUGGUUUACACGGCUACAGACGGCACCACUGAGAAAUACCUGUUAUUUGACUUCAAAACUCCCGGAGUGGCUCAGGGCAUGUACAACAUUGAUGAAUCAAUUUGUGCCUUCGCACACUCCAGUUUUCAAGUGGCGCUCCAAAAGAAAUAUCCUCUUUAUUUGUCUACGAAAAACACAAUUCUCAAGCGGUACGACGGCCGAUUCAAGGACAUUUUUGAAGAAGUUUUCCAGAAGGACUAUAAGAAGCAGUUCGACGAGGCCAAGAUCUGGUACGAGCACCGUCUGAUCGACGACAUGGUCGCGCAGGCCAUCAAGGGCUCGGGCGGGUUCGUGUGGGCCUGCAAGAACUACGACGGCGAUGUGCAGUCUGAUAUCGUUGCACAGGGUUACGGAUCAUUGGGUAUGAUGACAUCAGUGCUGAUGUGUCCGGACGGCGUGACGAUAGAGUCGGAGGCGGCGCACGGCACGGUGACGCGGCACUACCGCAUGCACCAGCAAGGCAAGCCCACCUCCACCAACCCCGUGGCAUCCAUCUACGCCUGGACCAGGGGCCUCCUCCACCGCGCCAAGCUGGACAAUACUCCCGAGUUGGCGCGCUUCGCCUUGGCUUUAGAAGAGGCUUGUGUAGAAUGCAUUGAUGGCGGGAAAAUGACCAAAGAUUUGGUGAUCUGCAUCCACGGGCUGGCCAACACCAAGGAAGGCAUGUACUUGAACACCGAGGACUUUUUGCAAGCCAUCGCCGAGCAACUCGAGCGCAAACUCAACAAGUAAAUUAAUACGAAAGAAUCUAGAGAAUUAUUUAUUGAGUUAGGAAUAAAUUGAUCGACAAUUUUUGUGUCGAAUUCUUCCUUUUAUAUAUUAGGUGAAAAUAUUGUAUAUACAAUGCCAUAAUUAUUUUGGAUAAUCAAAAAAAUCUGUAGACCUAAUAAAGUGUAUCUCUGUUAGACUGAUAGACUAAUUAUUCAUUACGGAGAUUUUAAAGGUAACAAAUUGAAAGAAGACUAAGAAGUAAUGAAAUGAUGUUUAAAAGCAUUUAAAAUAAUAUUUACGGGCCCUCUAAGCAGUAAAAAAAAAGUUAUUAUAUCAAGUGGAAUGCAAAGUCGAUAUGUUGUUAUCGGUUUCUGAUUAAAUUAAUGUCUGGUCCGCGAAAGAGUUAACGUUUGUUUUCUUUUCUCAAUAUCAAAUCUAGACUUUAAAAAUUGAAUGAUCUCACUUUACUGUACAAAUCGGUUAUGUGAAGUUAAUGAUGAAUUAACCAUAUUUCUAAAACAUUAUUUAAUUCCUUUAAUUAGAAGCCUAUACCAACAAAUUUAGAAUCGCAUUUCCAAUACGACCUGGUUGAUGUUUAUUUAUUCAGCUCCAUUGAUAAAUUUUCAGUCAGCCGGGUAUUUUGUUUUUUAAUGGUGAACAAAAUAGAACGUCUCAAAAUUGUAAAAUGUAUUACAUACCUAAUUAAUCAAGUGUUCGAAGUACUGUGGCGACAUCUACUUACGUUACAAUAUAAAUGAAAUUUCAUUUGUUGUACGGAACUAUUUUUUGAUGGAAAACUUGUAAUGCACGUUUUCUGAAAUAAACGCUAUUUUUUUACAUA